UUGUAAAGUUUGCACAUUUUCAGGGUUUCAUGCAAGCACUGAAUAUGCAUGGCCUAAUCCUGUUAGGGUGCCUGUGUAUGGUUCUACCUGGAGUAAUGUCAGGAGAAACUUGUUACGACGGAGUAGGAGGAAACCUGGGAACCGGAGACAGAGCUUCAGGACAUAACCUGCAAUGGACCAAGGCAAUGAUAUCCCGUCCUGCUCCUGCUUGGGAAGGAACAGCUGUUCUCAACGGAGAGUUUAAGGAGUUGAAGUUGAGUGAUUAUCUCGGGAAAUAUCUUGUUUUCUUCUUCUAUCCUCUGGACUUCACCUUCGUCUGUCCCACGGAGAUCCUGGCAUUCAACGACAGGAUUAAGGAGUUCAAGGCAAUUAAUACUGAGGUUGUGGCGUGUAGUGUGGAUUCCCAUUUCACCCAUCUAGCCUGGAUGAAUACACCUAGAACUGAGGGAGGAUUGGGUAGACUAGAUAUACCUCUUCUAUCAGAUCUCAAGCAAACUAUCUCUAAGGAUUAUGGAGUUUAUCUUGAGGAUAAUGGUCACACUCUUAGGGGACUAUUCAUCAUAGAUGACAAGGGUACACUUAGACAGAUUACGAUGAACGAUCUUCCAGUUGGUCGGAGUGUUGACGAAACUUUGAGAUUAGUUCAAGCCUUUCAGUACACGGAUAAACACGGAGAGGUUUGUCCUGCUGGAUGGAAACCAGGCGCGGAUACGAUCAUCCCAGAUCCCAAAGAGAAGAUGAAAUAUUUCAAGAAUCACGGAGAUCUUUAAACCUUGAAAUCACAAAACUGCCUGAACCACGUGAUACUUUUAAAACUUGUGAUAUUCACUGCAUUUUAUUUUCCUCACCAUCUGUCUCUAUGUUUUCUGUGAUUCUGACAAAAUUUUGAUUUUUGAAUUUUUAUAUUUCUAUAUUUAUCCCUGUCCUUGUGCUCAAACCCUCCACGGGAAUAAACGGUUGUAUUUCAGAA